AUGUCGAAAUUAUUUAUCGGCGGCCUUGCAUGGCACACGGAAGAGGCCACCUUGAGGCAAAAGUUUGAGGAGUUCGGUGACGUGGAAGAAGCGGUCGUCGUCAAAGAUCGCGACACCGGUCGUAGCAGAGGAUUCGGGUUCGUGCGCUACACCAACGAAGACGACGCCAUCAAGGCCAUUGAGGCCAUGAACAACGUCGACUUCGACGGUCGCCAGAUCCGUGUCGACAAAGCCUCGGACACUGGUCCUAGGGGAGGUGGACGAGGUGGUGGUGGUGGUGCGUACCCUCGAAGCGGGUACGCGCCCAUGCCAGUCGCUGGCGGCCCCAUUGCAUACGGCACCCAGCAACCGCCGUACGGAAUGGCGCCGCAGAACAUGUACCAGCAACCCUACGGGCGUGGUGGAUACGCUCCGGCGGCCCCCGGCGGAUACACCAUGCCCCCGCAAGCGUGGGCGGCGAAUCCCUACGGCGGCUACCCCGACCCGAACCAGCAGGGCCAACAGCCUCCCCAGCAACCGAAUCAAGGCCACGGACAGGGCGGGUACUAG